AUGUCGGCAAAAACAAAAGCCCCCGUCCUCGGACUCACCACCCGUCACAUAGUCUACCUCAUCUUCAUGCACACCAUCGGCGCCAUGAUCCUCGACGCAGGCAUCAACUUUGGUCUCGCCACCGCAAUGUACAAGAACAGCAAGCACCCCGUCUAUAUCUGGCCCCUUCCCAACUCUCUCGCCGGAGAUAUCGCCGUCACCAUCAUCAUCCAACAGACCCUCACCUGGAUCCUGGACCGUCUCGCUGUCCGAGGCGACCUCAAGAAGGGACUUGUCGCACCGUUGAGGAUGCCUAGUGAUGCUUCUUCACUGGUCAGAUGGUUUGUCGGUCUGGAGGAUAUCAAGGCUGCAGGCAAGCCUGGGUUCGCAUUCCAUAUCAAGCGGGUGGUGGUCUAUGUUGUUGCGACCUUCUUGGUCUACUGGCCCAUUACUAUCGGCGUCUUGUAUGGAUUGAAGAGUGGCCAUGUUGGAGCUGCUGUUGCCGAUGGAGAGUUUAACUUGUGGCCAUUCCCUCAGAUCUUCAAGGGUGUCUUUUCUGCCGCUCUCGGACUCACAACACCCUUUGUCAGCUAUGUGACUCUGAUCUAUGAGGGUGAGACCCAGGCUGCUUCUGUUUCUGCCACCGCUGGAGAUGAAGAGUCCAAGGUCGUCAACUAA